AGUGAUCUUCAGGUCGGAAAGUCGGAGUUCUAGAAAGAGGCCCGAGUUUCCAAACUUUUUUUCGGAGCUCUUGGGUGACAACGUUACGAAAAUGAUCCACCCGCAUCGAUGUGGCCCAGAAGCCGUGCGUUAUUAAGAUUCUGAGUGGUCAGAUGGCUAGUAACAAUGAAAUGAAGCUGGCAUGUGGGGAAUCGUGUUUCAUGUGAGCCUGGUAUGAUCUGUCCUCAGUACUAUUUACACUGGAAGAAAAAAGGCCUGCCCAUUGGCAGAUGGUAUCCUUAUUCGACUUGGCUUCCUUUGGGAGAGGCUAACUGUGUGGCAGUAUGUCAAAUGGGAACGAGUCCUGCAUGUUCAGAGAUGGAGCCGAGUUUGUGGCCUGCAUCUUCCACGCAUUUGAGGAAUGGUCAGGACUAGGACCCCUGGAAGACUAUCUGAGCUAUCUGGAGUACCUGGCCUGGGUUUUCACACCUCUGGUUGUUGUUUUCAUCCUGCCCUUCCUCAUUGUGAUCCUCCUCUACCUCUCCAUACUCUUCCUCCAUGUGUACAAACACAAGAACCAGCUCAGGGAGGCCUACUCCAACAACCUGUGGGAUGGUGCUAGGAAAACUCUGGCAACGUUGUGGGAUGGCCACGGGUUCAUAUGGCACGGAUAUGAAAUCCAUGGUAUGGAGAAGAUUCCAGAUGAAGGAGCAGCUCUUAUAGUCUAUUAUCAUGGGGCUAUUCCCAUCGACUAUUAUUACUUUCUGGCAAAUGUUAUCAUUCAGAAGGGACGGAUUGUUCACUCAGUCGCUGAUCACUUUCUGUUCAAAGUUCCAGGGUUCAAGCUGCUGUUGGAGGUGUUUAGUGUGAUCCAUGGGCCUCAGGAAGAGUGUGUGAAGGCACUGAAAAGUGGCCACCUCCUGGGCAUCUCACCUGGAGGCGUGAGGGAGGCGCUCCUCAGUGACGAGACCUAUCCACUGCUCUGGGGGAAGAGGAAGGGCUUCGCACAAGUGGCUAUCGAUUCCAAAGUGCCAAUAAUUCCAAUGUUUACUCAAAACGUCAGGGAAGGAUUCCGAUCUCUCGGCGGGUUAAGCUUUUUCAGAUGGUCGUAUGAAAAAUUCCGCGUGCCGAUGGCCCCUGUCUAUGGGGGUUUUCCUGUGAAGUUUCGUACAUACUUAGGUGACCCCAUCCCAUAUGACCCUAACAUUAGUGCAGCAGAGUUAGCUGAAAAGACCAAACAAGCAGUUCAAGCACUCAUUGACAGACACCAAAUGAUUCCUGGGAAUGUCCUUCGAGCACUACUAGAGCGAUUCCACAGCAGGCAGAAAGAAAAAUAGCCUUUUGAAUAGCCAUAAGGAAUAGCCUUUUUUUGUUUGUUAUAUGAAGCAGUUACAUAUUUUUAAGACAAACUGUUACAUAUUGAAAGUAUUAUCAUGUGAUCAGUUGAAUGGUUAACUACAGAUUUGGAUCUUAAUUUGAGCCAGUCUCCUAUAGCAGGAAAAUAAUCCUGUAGAUUAUUAUUAAUGGACAUUUUUGUAGCGGUUGAUACAUUUUUCAAAAGGAAAAAUCUACUUUGAAAUGACAAACUUCAGAAGCCUUUUUAACCUCAAAUACACUACAAAGUUCUCCUACAACAGGCUGAUCAAAUAAAGGUCCUGAACCUAUACAUUAUUAUUGUAGGUGUAUCUUCAGGAGCUUUUUGCACUCAGAUUUUGUCACAAAACAAUACGUACCGAAGGUAUAAUACACCGUAAUUGGUUAAUGUCAAAUGUGCAUAUUGAAGAAAUUGUAUAGUGUUUUUUGUGCAAGUAUGUAUAUACUUUGAUUCCACAAUUGAUUUGCACACAUUGUUCUAAGUUCCACCACUGCCAACAAUUUCUAUUUAAGAGGCCUUUAUUUUGCUUAAUAACUGCAAAUAUUGAAACGAUAUAGCAAUUGCUAUAUAAGAAGCAAUAUAGGUAUGAAGACCGGGCAGCUUUAUUUCCUUUCACCUGGGUAAAAUGUUUGAAAUUUUAUUUAAAUAAUUGUGUAAUUUCCCCCCAAAAAUGUAUUGUGUACAUUAUGUGGAAUUAUGUAAGUAUGUACUGUAGUUGUAGCCUAUGCACCUUUUAAAUCUAUUGAGGUCCAUUAUGAAACAGGACAGAAAUGAUUUGUAAUGUUAAAAUAAAUAUAUUUUAUUAUGAGUUUUGUGUGUUACAAGUCAUUUCUGUUAUUACAAAUACUUAGUUUACUUAAAAAAUGGAAAUGGAGCAACAUACAGCUACACCAAGAUAUUUGACGUGGUUUUGAAAAAAAUAUUUUAUUACAUUGUUCUUCCAUAAACAUGGGUACAUUUUCUGCACUAGUGUUUUAAUGUUUCGAUACAACUUUAAUCAAGUAAUUAUUUAUGGCCUAUGAAUCAAAUUUAACUAAUGUGCAAAAGUUCACUAAUGUGUAGCCUAUUCUAAAACACGUUUAGUGUAUUUCUCUGUACUAAAAUGUAUUUCUCUGUACUAAAAUGUUUUGGUGGUAAAGUAUUCUGCUUACAGGACGAGCAGAGUUUUGAAUGUUGUUUGAGAUUGCUCAGUUUGUUCACAAUUCCUGGAGGAGAUGGGGAAAUGUACUUUGUAGUGUGGCUAGAUGGUAGCUGUACUUUCCAUGGUUAUUGUGUAUACUUUGUUAAAUGUUAUUUUGGUUUUCAGUACAAGGAAAUUGGUACUGUGUUUAGUAGCGUAUUGUAAGGCCAUGUGUGCUGGGCACCGGUAUGACACUUAAAUAAAUCACAUCAAUACAUUUCUUUUA